AACAGUUACCGCGUGCUGAAUGACACCUCGUCUGGUUUAGCAGAUACAACGAUUGCGGAGCCAUACGACACAGUAACAUGAUUAUUUUAAAGCCAUGACCGAAAGCUAAUUUCACAACAAAAGUGAAAGGAUGAAGUUACAAUUGUCAACAACGAAAUAGGUUUAUUUGUCUCCUCAGUCAACAAACCAUAGGAAUGAGUGAAAUAAGCCUACAAAAACAGCUUCAGAAAACUUUCCAAGUCCUUGAAUCAGUUGUUUGUCUCUGGGAGAAGACACUGGCAGACUGUGCUUGUACUGUUGCCGCAACAACCAACCUGUGUGAGCAGUACUUUGACUGUAAAGGCUUGGCUGUUGUAACUCUCCCAGUUGGGAAGAUAUUACCUGAUGUCCAGGAGAGAUUGCUGUACAAGAUUCUGUCAGAGUUGGAUAGGAAGGUUGCUGAUCUACGUGACAAGCUAAGUGCUGUGAAAGUAGCACAAGAUAAGUUCUCCAAACAUCAAGAACAGUGUGUGAAAUUGUACAAGAGACAUUCAAAUGAACUUGAUGUGUAUAAGAUGACAGAGUCAACAGCAAUAUGGCCGUCGAUGUCUACCAUGUUGGAAGUACUGGUGGAUUCGGAUUGUUUGCUCUUUGACUUAUAUAAUCUAAAGAUGCAUUGGAUAGAACAGUUAUCAGAAGAGAAGACCUUAAACUGUGAAACUUUGACACACUCAUGGUCUUCAGGGGAUAAGGAUAUUUUACAAAACCUGAAAGAUUCUCUCUGUCAUCUGACAUUCUUUGUACAAGAGAGGGUUUGACACAGUGCCGAUCGCAACAUUGUCCUCUCUCCACUAGACUCUAGUCUGUAUCCCAGGCUGCAGCCUGUAACACCACCAACACGGAGUAUCUCAGGCUGCACCCUGUAACACCACCAACACGGAGUAUCUCAGGCUGCACCCUGUAACACCACCAACACGGAGUAUCUCAGGCUGCACCCUGUAACACCACCAACACGGAGUAUCUCAGGCUGCACCCUGUCACACCACCAACACGGAGUAUCUCAGGCUGCACCCUGUAACACCACCAACACGGAGUAUCCCAGGCUGUACCCUGUAACACCACCAACACGGAGUAUCCCAGGCUGCACCCUGUAACACCACCAACACGGAGUAACCAACACAGAGUAUCUCAGGCUGCACCCUGUAACACCACCAACACGGAGUAUCCCAGGCUGCACCCUGUAACACCACCAACACGGAGUAUCCCAGGCUGCACCCUGUAACACCACCAACACGGAGUAACCAACACGGAGUAUCUCAGGCUGCACCCUGUAACACCACCAACACGGAGUAUCCCAGGCUGCACCCUGUAACGCCACCAACACGGAGUAUCUCAGGCUGUACCCUGUAACACCACCAACACGGAGUAUCUCAGGCUGCACCCUGUAACACAACCAACACGGAGUAACCAACACGGAGUAUCUCAGGCUGCACCCUGUAACACCACCAACACGGAGUAUCUCAGGCUGCACCCUGUAACGCCACCAACACGGAGUAUUUCAGGCUGCACCCUGUAACACCACCAACACGGAGUAACCAACACGGAGUAUCUCAGGCUGCACCCUGUAACACCACCAACACGGAGUAACCAACACGGAGUAACCAACACGGAGUAUCCCAGGCUGCACCCUGUAACACCACCAACACGGAGUAUCCCAGGCUGCACCCUGUAACACCACCAACACGGAGUAUCCCAGGCUGCACCCUGUAACGCCACCAACACGGAGUAUCUCAGGCUGCACCCUGUAACACCACCAACACGGAGUAUUUCAGGCUGCACCCUGUAACACCACCAACACGGAGUAACCAACACGGAGUAUCUCAGGCUGCACCCUGUAACACCACCAACACGGAGUAUCUCAGGCUGCACCCUGUAACACCACCAACACGAAGUAUCCCAGGCUGCACCCUGUAACACCACCAACACGGAGUAUCUCAGGCUGCACCCUGUAACACCACCAACACGGAGUAUCUCAGGCUGCACCCUGUAACACCACCAACACGGAGUAUCUCAGGCUGCACCCUGUAACGCCACCAACACGGAGUAUUUCAGGCUGCACCCUGUAACACCACCAACACGGAGUAUCUCAGGCUGCACCCUGUAACGCCACCAACACGGAGUAUCCCAGGCUGCACCCUGUAACGCCACCAACACGGAGUAUCUCAGGCUGCACCCUGUAACACCACCAACACGGAGUAUCUCAGGCUGCACCCUGUAACACCACCAACACGGAGUAACCAACACGGAGUAUCUCAGGCUGCACCCUGUAACACCACCAACACGGAGUAUCUCAGGCUGCACCCUGUAACGCCACCAGCACGGAGUAUCUCAGGCUGCACCCUGUAACACCACCAACACGGAGUAACCAACACAGAGUAUCUCAGGCUGCACCCUGUAACACCACCAACACGGAGUAUCCCAGGCUGCACCCUGUAACACCACCAACACGGAGUAUCCCAGGCUGCACCCUGUAACACCACCAACACGGAGUAUUUCAGGCUGCACCCUGUAACACCACCAACACGGAGUAUCCCAGGCUGCACCCUGUAACACCACCAACACGGAGUAUCUCAGGCUGCACCCUGUAACACCACCAACACGGAGUAUCCCAGGCUGUACCCUGUAACACCACCAACACGGAGUAUUUCAGGCAGUAUCUGGUAACAUGGACAUGGGAGGAAGUACCAUGUGCACAUACAGAACUCAAUGAAGGUGCUGAUAAUGAGAAGGAGAUCUGUAACACUGUAGAUAAGCAGUGAAAAAGUUGUCUUUCAACAUG